CACAUUCUCAUGUUGCCUCCACGCUAACACCGCACAGGAAAUUACCACAGGGCAAAAUAGGAGGAAACUCAUGCUUUUCUAAGCGCGUCUCGCUAGUUUUUUUUUUUUUUUUUUUGUUACAUAGGAGGGGAAGAGAAAGAAAAAAAAAGGAGGGUUGGAGAAGAGAGAGAGAGAGAGAGAGAGAAAAGUGGGUGGGAGGAGAAGGAGGACGGACCUGAGGAUCCAGAAGAAGUUGAUAUCAAUUAAUAAUGUUAAAAAAGAGCUGGUAGACGUGCAGGAAAGCUGGCAUGGGUUUGUGGAGGCUGGCAGUUGGGAGGUCAGACAUGAGAGCAGCAGCCUGCUGACAUGAUCAUUGAGGCAGACUUGGAUGGGAUGGCAGCAGACUUAGGGCAUGCAGGUGGCGGACUAAAGACGAUGCUGGAUGUCAUGGAAGUUCCAAGUCAUGCGAGGGAUCUCCUCCUGCAGCUCAACAGUCAGCGCACCAAAGGCUUCCUGUGCGACGUCAUCAUCGUGGUGCAGAACGCCCUUUUCAGGGCACACAAGAACAUUCUGGCGGCCAGCAGCCUCUACUUGAAGUCUUUGGUGGUCCACGACAAUCUCAUCAACCUCGACCACGAGAUGGUGAGUCCCGGGGUCUUCCGGGUGAUUCUGGACUACAUCUACACAGGACGCCUCACAGAAGGGGACCCCGCCUCUCCCUCUGAGCCCAACCUGGGCGCCGUCUUGGCCGCGGCCAGCUAUCUUCAGCUGCUUGACUUAGUGGCUCUGUGCAAAAAGAAGCUGAAAAGGAACGGCAAGUACCCUCCUCGCACUGGGCCUGCCUUCCUCACCUAUGCAAAAAUGGGGCCUGGUUUGGGUUUAGGCAGUGGAGGUCGGUACAGGGUGUCCACACCUGUCAUCCAGCCAUGCCCUCCUGGGGGGAUUAUGAACAGCCACACACCCCGGCCUCCCCCACUCGAGGAGCUGGUUCCCCAUCGGCUUGCCAUCCAUGCUGGUGAGCUGUACGCUCCCACCUCCACUCAAAGCUCCCACAUGUUCCCGUCCAUGCAGUCGGUUCUGCCGGCCCAGCUUGGCCUACGUUCAGCGCUUCCGGAGAGAAACCGCUCCCCCAACUAUGGCCUUGAUCUCUCCAAGAAGAGUCCUAACUCCCAGUCCCAGCACACUCUCUCCCAGUCGCAUGUGGUCAGCAACCACAAUGACGAGGAGCGAGAUGGGACCCCGAACGGACGCACCAGUCCCACGAACGCAAGAGCCUUCCCCUCGGAAAAAAUGGAGACAACAGAUCAGACUCUAACCCCACCACCAUUCCCCCAUCACAAUCAUCCACUCGGCCCCCAUCUCCCUCACCUCCAUCGUUCGAGAUCACAGGGUACGGAGCGCUACCCGUGCCCCGCGAGCCCGGACACCCCCACUGAAAACGGGGAGUCCGGGAGAGAGGUGGGUAACAUCUAUCGCUGGGUGAAACAUGAGCCUCUGGCAUACACAGGUGAAGACGAGGAGGAAGAAGAGGAGGAGGAGGACGGGGGCGAGAAUGGAGAGCGGCGACACAAUCACAACAAGAUUGGCGAGGAAAGCGAGGGCCCGGACGACAAGAGCGGCUCUGGCACUGAGGAGACGGGCAGCAGCGAAGGUCGCCCAUCCCCUUCAGGUCCAAUGGGGAGGUUCCACGUGCCGUACGAGCCGGAGAGUUUUGGGGACAACCUGUAUGUCUGCAUUCCCUGUGACAAGGGCUUUCCAAGCUCAGAGCAGCUCAACGCGCAUGUGGAAACGCACACAGAGGAGGAGCUGUAUGGCAACUCAGGCGGGGAGCUGGCAAACAGCAACAACAGCAAGAGCAUCAACAACAGCACCAAUGGCUACGGGGGCUUGAGCAGCACCAACAGUCUGAACAGCCUGUCCCACCUGGAGACAAAGUCCAGUCAAGCUUUGGCUUCGGGGGCCAUAGCGGAGAUGAUCCGGCCAUACCGCUGCUCCUCCUGCGAAAAGUCCUACAAAGACCCCGCCACUCUGCGUCAGCACGAGAAAACCCACUGGCUGACCCGGCCGUACCCCUGCAGCAUCUGCGGCAAGAAGUUCACGCAGCGCGGAACCAUGACUCGCCACAUGCGCAGCCACCUGGGCCUCAAGCCUUUCGCCUGCGACUCCUGCGGGAUGCGCUUCACCCGCCAGUACCGCCUCACCGAGCACAUGCGCAUCCACUCCGGGGAGAAGCCUUAUGAGUGCCAAGUGUGCGGAGGGAAGUUUGCCCAGCAGCGCAAUCUGAUCAGUCACAUGAAGAUGCACAGCAGCGGGGGCUCCGUGGGGGGUCUCGCCACCGAAGGAAAACUGAAGCUGGACUUUGCCGAGGGCAUAUACCCACUGAGCAAGUACACGGCGGAGCAUCUGGGGCUGAAACCGGAGAAGGCCAACGAGCUCCUCAUCCAGGCGCAGCAGCAGCUGGUCGCCGACGCCAAGGCCAUGGAGAGCCUCUACCCGCUCUCCAAAUUAGCUUCCGAGCACCUCGGAGGCCUCGUCCACGACAAGAUGGACGGUCUGUGCCAAGUUCUGCCCCCUCCCCAACAAGCUCUCUCUGAGGCCCGCACCAUUGACCGCUACUCGCCCAGCUAAUAGCACACAGCCCCACGCCAAGGCCGAGCCCCGGAUGCCACAUGCAGUAUUCUGACACCGCGCACCUCAACUGAAUCUGCACCCCAGACUGGAGAGACGUCAGUCUGCCGGUGCACGCCAAACUGUGUUGACUGUAAGUGCCUUUCUACGCAUCUAACCUUUUGAAGCCUCCUUCCUCGAGGAGCACCGUGCUAUCUCUCCUGUGACCAAGGGACACUCGCUUGACAGAAGCACAGUAUUUAUGUGUGUGUUUGCAGAUAUUGAGCCAAAGCAACAAAUUGAAAACCAAAAAAAAAAAGAAAGAAAGAAAAAAAAAAGCUUAUUUAUUUUUUUGUAUGAUGAAAUCCAAAGAGAAACCUUUACCCUUAAGCCUGUGUUUAUACAAACAAAUGCACAUAAAGGACAAGAUUCAGGGUUUUUGUCCAGAUCUUGUAGCAAAUAAUAAAGUCAACUAUUCUGGACUUUAAAAGAAUGGGAAGAUCCAUCCAUCCAUCCAUCCAUGCAUCCAUUUUCUUCCGCUUAUCCGAGGAUAAGCCCAGACUUCCCUCUCCCCAGCCACUUGGUCCAGCUCCUCCCGGGGGAUCCCGAGGCGUUCCCAGGCCAGCCGGGAGACAUAGUCUUCCCAACGUGUCCUGGGUCUUCCCCGUGGCCUCCUACCGGUCCGGCAUGCCCUAAACACUUCGGGUGGCAUCCUGACCAGAUGCCCGAACCACCUCAUCUGGCUCCUCUCCAUGUGGAGGCUUUCCUUUGAGUUCCUUCCGGAUGACGGAGCUUCUCACCCUAAUCUCUAAGGUGAAGGAAACUCAUUUCAUCCGCUUGUACCCAUGUGCCCCGUGUGGAAGAGUUCAAGUACCUCGGAGUCUUGUUCACGAGUGAGGGAAGAGUGGAUGGUGAGAUCGGUGCGGCGUCUUCAAUAAUGCGGACGCCGUAUCGAUCCGUCGUGGUGAAGAAGGAGCUGAGCCGGAAGGCAAAGCUCUCAAUUUACCGGUCGAUCUACGUUCCCAUCCUCACCUAUGGUCGUGAGCUUUGGGUUAUGAACCGAAAGGACAAGAUCACGGGUACAAGCGGACGAAAUGAAUGGGACGAUCAUUUUUUCGGGAAGUAUUAUAGACAACUCUCCAGCUCCUUCCUCGCAGGUUGCGAUGCAUUCAAGUCAUUUAUAGUAAGAGCAGCAUGUUUAGAAAAAAAAACGCAUACCGUAUUUUUCGGAGUAUAAGUCGCUCCGGAGUAUAAGUCGCACCUGCCGAAAAUGCAUAAUAAAGAAGGAAAAAAAACAUAUAUAAGUCGCAUUUUUUGGGGGAAAUGUAUUUGAUAAAAGCCAACAGCAAGAAUAGACAUUUGAAAGGCAAUUUAAAAUAAAUGAAGAAUAGUGAACAACAGGCUGAAUAAGUGUACGUUAUAUGAGGCAUAAAUAACCAACUGGUAUGUUAACGUAACAUAUUAUGGUAAGAGUCAUUCAAAUAACUAUAACAUAUAGAACAUGCUAUACAAUCUGUCACUCCUAAUCGCUAAAUCCCAUGAAAUCUUAUACGUCUAGUCCAGGGGUGCUCACACUUUUUCUGCAGGCGAGCUACUUUUCAAUUGAUCAAGUCGUGGGGAUCUACCUCAUUCAUAUAUAUAAUUUAUAUUUACUUAUUUAUGAAAUAUAUGUUUUUGUUAAUAAG